CGGAGGAGAGGGGAGGGGAGGGGGAGUUUAGCCGGUCUCUCUUCCCUCUGCUGCAGCGUCCAUGCUGCUGUCCGACGCUCGUCUCGGUGCAUCCCGGUCCAUCCCGGUCCUUCGCACCGGUGUAGCCUGCCUCCCCUGAGCCCGGGUAAGCAGACCGGCUUGGACCGGGUCCGCUCGGUCGUAGCGGUUCCGUCCGCCUGGAUCCACCGGAACAGACCCCAACCAUUGCACCCGAGGGGGAAGAGGAGAACGCAUGCAUAGCAACAAUCCGGUUUAACGACAUUAUUGUGAUGGAUGGGUGUUGAGGACGCUGGAAGUGUGACUAGGACAUACAUGCACCCCCAAACCAACCGGAUUACCAGGAAUACAAACCAUUGUGCCAGGUCGAAAGGGGGACUGCUGGGACUAAGCGGGCUUGUACCGGGUCUGCACAACAGUGGACUGGGUUUAGAGCCAGGUUGCUGAGGGGACCGCUGUGUCAGUGAGAAGGCAGGAAGGUCACUGUGAGGGCAUGUUAAACAGAGAGUACCUGUGAUUUCCACUUCCACUGACAUGGAUAGAGUCCGUCUAAUGUCAUCAAAGUGCCUUUAGCAAGAACUCGGAUCUCUCUGGAUUGAUGCAGUCUUCUAGUGCAGAAAUGACCUAAAAGUUAAAUAAGGAUUCCACAGGAUUUACAAAAGCGGUAUCUGAUCUCCAGAAGGACAGCGGGGCUACAUCUGCUACCUUUUUACUCUUAUUACACCUGGGUUACAGGAACUUAAAUUAAACUAAAGGUACAGCUACAAGGACCAGAUACAGGUUUCAUAAAAACACCUUUUUUGAGGGUCUACUUGUCUUCAUUCUCUUUCAACAGGCCGACCGGACAAGUAGAAGUCUUUAGAAAUCGGCAUUUAUUAGAUUAAAGCUGAAUUUUGACGACAAAAAACAGUUAAUUGUUUGUAAAAAAGGUUUCUGGUUCCACAGUACUCUUCAUGGGAUUAUAAAACAUAUCCUGGUACUAGAAGAUUUAGCAGCUACUGGGUCUACAAGGGAGUCACCAAGCUCAAACUGAAGGUGUUACCGCUGUAACAAGCUAGAAACUGUUUUUAUUUUUUUUAGAAUAUGACUUUUUUGUAGGAACCAUCUCUGUUGAACGCUCCUGGACCAGUAUUACCAUGUCUUUGAGUAAGACCCUCGAGCUGGAGCACUUCGAGGAACGCGACAAGGUUCGCCGGGGCCGCUCCACCCGCACCAAGAGAGAUGAGUCCAGCGCCGGUGGCGGGGGGUCCGGCCCCAGUUCCCGGGGCAGCAGCCUGGUUCCUAGCCCCGCCCACAGCGCCAACUGCAGCUACUACCGGACCCGGACCCUGCAGGCGCUCACCUCGGAGAAACGGGCCAAAAAGGUCCGCUUCUAUCGCAAUGGAGACCGGUACUUCAAGGGUCUGGUGUACGCCGUGUCCAGCGACCGGUUCCGGUCCCACGACGCGCUGCUGAUGGAGCUGACGCGCUCGUUGGCGGACAACCUGCACCUGCCGCAGGGGGUGCGCACAAUCUACACUUUAGAUGGCAGCAAGAAGAUCACCAGUAUGGACGAGCUGGUGGAAGGCGAGUGCUACGUGUGUGCCUCCAACGAGCCUUACCGGAAGGUGGACUACUCCAAGAUCUCCAUCCCGAGCUGGAAGCCGGGCGCCGGCGCCAGGACGGGAGCUGGGACCUCGGGUCGACCCGCCACGGCGUCCGCGGGGGUGUCGGCGACCACCGCCGCCCCCGCCGCCAUCUCCUCCUCCAAAGACCGCCCCGAGGGCCGCGAGGCCCGGGAAGGCCGGGAGAGCAAAGACUUCAUCAAGCCCAAGCUGGUGACGGUGAUCCGCAGCGGCGUGAAGCCCCGCAAGGCCGUGAGGAUCCUGCUGAACAAGAAGACGGCGCACUCCUUCGACCAGGUGCUGGCCGACAUCACGGAGGCCAUCAAGCUGGACUCGGGCGCCGUGAAGAGGCUGUACACGCUGGACGGGAAGCAGUCUCCUAGCGGCUCCAGCCUCUCGUGUAAGACUCCACCCAGAGGCCAGACCAGAACAAAGUCUCCCGGCCCAGCCAAUGAGGCCUCAGGAUCGGGGUCAGCUGAGAAGUCCUUCAGGUCCAGCCCGUCCCCCACCAGUCCCGGGUCACGACGAAACCUCAAGGUGUGUGAGUAUCCCGACGGCACUAAGUCCCUGAAGCUGGGGGACUUCGGUCUGGCGACGGUGGUGGAGGGACCGCUGUACACCGUCUGUGGCACGCCGACCUACGUCGCCCCGGAGAUCAUCGCCGAGACCGGCUAUGGUCUGAAGGUGGAUAUCUGGGCGGCGGGAGUGAUCACCUACAUACUUCUGUGUGGAUUCCCUCCAUUUAGAAGUGAGAAUAACGUCCAGGAGGAGUUGUUUGAUCAGAUCCUCAGAGGGAAACUGGAGUUCCCUUCUCCGGACUGGGACGCCAUCAGCCUCCCCGCCAAGAUGCUGAUCAGCCAGAUGCUGCAGGUGAACGUGGACACCCGGUUCACCGCCGAGGAGGUCCUGUCCCACCCCUGGGUGACGGACGAGGGUCCCGGAGACCCCCACACCGCGAGCAGCACCGAGGAGCAGAACAGUGGAGAAGCCCUGGACCCGGACCAGGACUCCCUGAUGCUGGAAACCAAACAAGUUCCCUCCCCGAUGGUCUAAAGCACGUCCUCGUUCAGACUCAAAACCAUUAACAACAAUGUGCGUUUGAUCGACUGGAAACCCCCAGACGAGUCCCCCUUGAAUCUGGUCUAGAAGUUUGGAUUUUCCCCAAUAAUAAUCUUCAGUUUGGAACACGUCCUGUUUUGAUCUUUUGGAAACCAAAUGAGUUAU